GGUACGCCCCCACAGACGCAUUUACUAUUUUGCCUACAAACAAUAAGGCGAACGUAGUAGCGACAGUCUAUGCUAGGGUUUCCGCCUUCCCAUCAGAGAUUCAGAAGCCUUUCUAGGGUUUCUCUCCCCCCCUCUCUCUCUCGUCUCCUUCGAAUUCGUUCUCUCUUUUUCUACAGAUAUAAAAAUGUCACGUGUAUAUGUGGGAAAUUUGGAUCCAAGGGUUACUGAGCGAGAGCUUGAAGAUGAAUUUCGCGUGUAUGGCGUUAUUCGAAGUGUUUGGGUUGCCCGAAGGCCACCAGGUUAUGCUUUUGUUGAUUUUGAUGACCGCAGAGACGCUCAAGAUGCAAUUCGUGAUUUAAAUGGUAAAAAUGGCUGGAGAGUUGAGCUUUCUCAUAACUCUAGAGGUGGAGGUGGUGGCCGUGGAGGGGGUCGUGGCCGUUCUGGUGGUUCUGAUUUGAAGUGCUACGAGUGUGGUGAGCCUGGUCAUUUUGCCCGUGAAUGCCGUCUGCGUGUUGGUUCAGGAAGACGCCGCAGUCGCAGUCCUAGGUACCGGAGGAGCCCAAGCUAUGGUCGUAGGAGCUACAGUCCUCGUGGGCGAUCUCCAAGACGCCGCAGUUACAGUCCUCGUGGUCGCAGCUAUAGCAGGUCGCCUCCAUUCCGUGGACGUGAUGAGCUGCCAUAUGCCAAUGGGCUGGGAGGACGAGCUUACCGUUAGAUGAUUCCCAUCACGGUUGCAUGCUUCAACUUUUUCUCCAAUUGUGGUGAAGGUUUGGUUUAGACCAUUAUUAUCUGGUCAACUUGCCAGGAUAUAUAUUAUUUUAUUUUCAGAUAGAUAGCUAGUUUUGCAAAAAUAAACAGUCAUUUGUUACAGGGGUAAUUCUGGUUUAAGCAGGUUUAUGGAAGGGAAUGGAUUAAAGUUUCUGCUCUUUCUGUCUGCUGCAUGAUUCUGUAUUUAAAUGUGGAAAAGCAGGCUGGCAGCUGUUAUACUGCUGGACCAUCUAUCUAUAAGGUUACUUAAUGGUCAGAAGCUAGCAGUGCACCCAGGAAACUGUAAAAGUGGGGCGGGUGUUUUUGUUAGAUAAAUGGGGUUUAAAAGACUAAAUAAUGGUUUACACUAUAAGAAACUGAAAUGAGCUUGGAGCAUCUUUCGAGAGAUAAGUUCAAGGAGAGUUUAUGAUUGCCAAGUCUCAAAAUUCUUUAUGAUUGUGUGCGUGCAUCCCAUCCAUUUGGUUUCAAUGGUUCAUAAAGUUCAACUAAAAUGAGUAGAUUCUGACCAUGACCCUAGCAUUUGUAGAUGCUGGCUUGCCUGCAUCCACCCACCUUGUUGCAUCAUCGGUUACUAGUAAGAUUGGACGGGUCAUUUGCUUGAUAAUCGGGUCACAUAUAGGAAUGAACAUUUGGGAGGUUUUUUGUGCAUUUAAUGAAAAUUUAUUUACCAUUUUAAUCUAUUACAUUUUGACAUUAGGUUUUUGCUGCAUUUUCAGAAAUGGUAUCAGGGAUCGACGCCGCAGUAGGAGUUGAGUUUGGCGAAGGCAAAGUUGGUUGCUUUAUUUAGAAGAUACUGGCAUUUAGUGUGUUUAGAAUGCUUGGACUUCAUUACAAGUUAGUUAAAAUUGGGCGACGCCCGCAGCCUCGACUCUUGAGCUUGGAUAAGUUUUCUUCUGACUUCGUUAAGUUUCUUUUUUUUUUUUUUACUCCCUAUUCUAAAUAGUUGUAGUUUCCUUAAAUGCAAAAGGAUCUUCAGGUAAUUAUAAUAUAUUUAUUAAAUGUGAUGAAUGCUGCUAAA